AUGUUGUCCCCUCAGCGAGCGGUAGCGGCUGCAUCGGGAGGAGCAGGUGAUGCUAUGGAGAGCGGAAAGCCUGGUCCAGUGCAGGUUGUUUUGGUUCAGAAAGACCAACAUUCCUUUGAGCUAGAAGAGAAAGCCUUGGCCAGCAUCCUCUUACAGGACCACAUCCGAGAGCUUGAUGUGGUGGUGGUGUCGGUGGCUGGUGCCUUCCGAAAGGGCAAGUCCUUCUUGCUGGACUUCAUGCUACGAUACUUAUAUUUCCAGAAGGAAGGUGGCCAUUCAAACUGGUUGGGUGACCCAGAAGAACCGUUGACAGGGUUUUCAUGGCGAGGGGGCUCUGACCCAGAAACCACCGGAAUUCAGAUCUGGAGUGAGGUUUUCACUGUGGAGAAGCCAGGUGGAAAGAAGGUUGCAGUUGUUCUGAUGGAUACCCAGGGGGCAUUUGACAGCCAGUCCACUGUGAAAGACUGUGCUACCAUCUUUGCUCUGAGCACCAUGACUAGCUCUGUUCAGAUUUAUAAUUUGUCCCAGAACAUUCAAGAAGAUGAUCUUCAACAGCUGCAGCUCUUCACAGAAUAUGGUCGUCUGGCGAUGGAUGAAAUUUUCCAAAAACCCUUCCAGACACUGAUGUUCCUGGUUCGAGACUGGAGUUUCCCUUAUGAAUACAACUAUGGAUUACAGGGAGGAAUGUCAUUUUUGGAAAAGCGUCUACAGGUAAAAGAACAUCAACAUGAAGAAAUUCAGAAUGUCCGGAAUCACAUCCAUUCAUGUUUCUCCAGCGUCUCCUGUUUUCUACUACCACAUCCAGGACUCCAGGUGGCCACAAGCCCUGACUUUGAUGGCAAAUUGAAAGACAUUGCCAGUGAAUUCAAAGAGCAGUUACAGACACUGAUCCUGUAUGUAUUAAACCCAGCCAACUUAAUGGAGAAGGAGAUCAAUGGCUCAAAAGUCACCUGUCGGGGACUGCUGGAGUAUUUUAAGGCAUAUAUUAAAAUUUACCAAGGAGAAGAUCUGCCUCACCCCAAAUCCAUGCUUCAGGCCACUGCUGAAGCCAACAAUUUAGCAGCUGCAGCCUCUGCCAAGGACAUUUAUUACAACAACAUGGAAGAGGUUUGUGGGGGAGACAAACCGUAUUUGUCUCCAGACAUUCUAGAGGAGAAGCACUGUGAAUUCAAACAGCUUGCUCUGGACCAUUUUAAGAAGACGAAAAAGAUGGGCGGGAAGGAUUUUAGCCUUCGUUACCAGCAGGAGCUGGAGGAGGAGAUCAAGGAACUCUAUGAGAACUUCUGCAAGCACAACAGUAGCAAGAAUGUCUUUAGCACGUUCCGAACCCCUGCAGUGCUCUUCACGGGCAUCGUGGCUCUAUACAUCGCCUCCGGCCUCACUGGCUUUAUUGGUCUUGAGGUGGUGGCCCAGCUGUUCAACUGUAUGGUUGGACUGCUGUUAAUAGCGCUUCUCACCUGGGGGUACAUCAGGUACUCUGGUCAGUAUCGUGAGCUGGGCGGUGCUAUUGAUUCCGGUGCAGCGUAUGUGUUAGAGCAGGCCACUUCUCACAUCGGUAAUUCCACUCAGGCUGCUGUAAGGGAUGCAGUUGCUGGGAGACCACCCUCGGAUAAAAAAGCUCAGUAG